AGUUCUACAGAGGCACUCCCUCCCACUUGGCACACACUAUUCUCUGUCACCCCCAACAUUCCCUGCCCCCCCUCCCUCCCUAGCUGUGUCCUGCCUAGCGGUAUCAAUACCUGCAGCCCACCACCUACCACUGAGCCACACCAUUCCCAAUUCCCAUAUAACCACCAGCAGCUCAAGGGCGGCUUGGGAGUGCUGCAACGCCAUCUCUCUCUCUCUCUCUAGCAGCCUUGCCUUGUAGUUGUAGGGAGCCAUCUCUCUCUCUCUCUCUCUAGCAGCCUUGCCUUGUAGUUGUAGGCAGAGAACGGGGUGUUGCGGCGUGCAGGGCAAUGGCGACCUCCUUCCAGGGGACGACGACCAAGUGCACAGCCUGCGACAAGACGGUGUACCUGGUCGACAAGCUCACCGCCGACAACCGCGUCUACCACAAGGCCUGCUUCCGGUGCCACCACUGCAAGGGCACCCUCAAGCUUGCGAAUUACAACUCCUUCGAGGGAGUGCUCUACUGCAGGCCUCACUUUGACCAGCUGUUCAAGAGGACCGGGAGUUUGGACAAGAGCUUUGAAGGAACUCCAAAGGUUGUCAAGCCAGAAAGAAACAUUGAGAAUGAGAAUGCUAUUAAAGUAUCGAGCGCAUUUGCUGGCACCAGAGAGAAAUGUGUUGGAUGCAGCAAGACAGUCUAUCCAAUCGAGAGGGUUACUGUUAACGGGACUAUGUAUCAUAAGAGCUGCUUCAAGUGCUGCCAUGGAGGAUGCACCAUCAGCCCUUCGAAUUACAUCGCACAUGAAGGGAAGCUCUACUGCAAGCACCACCAUAUCCAGUUGAUCAAAGAGAAGGGGAACUUCAGCCAGCUUGAGAACGAGCACGAGAAGGCGUCACAAGCUGGGUCAGUGGAGGAUGAAGAAUUAGAAUAUUAAUCCAUGGGUGUUUCCAAGAGAUAAAUAACGAGUCUUCUUGCAUUUGCUCUGGGGCAGUAUAUUUUCGGUGGCACAUUCCUUUUCAGUUUUACCAAUGGAGGUCUUGCAUGUGCAUUUCUGCAUGUAAACCUUGUUAUAUUUGAGUCGAACUAUCUCUACCUGGUUUGAACCAUUUGAUCAUUAUU